AUGUCUACCACUUCCAACGAGACUAGUUUCACCGUCCUUGCCGGAUACAAGGGCUUCAUGAAUGGCACGGUCAACGCGGCAAACAACCAGCGCGCUACCCUGACCAUCAAGCGUUCCGAUGGACAGACCGAAUCCAUGGCCACCUUCGAGGGCUCUGGCGUGAGGAAGAACAUGGCGAACGUCCAGAACAGGGUGGAGUAUUGGUCUUUCGGUCCGUAUAGCGGACAGCGCACGGCCACUAUCAAGAUUGAAUACGAGACCAGCGGAUCUUUCAAGCCUUCCAAGACCGUGAUUCUUCCUCAGCCAACCAACGGUCUCAACUCCAUAAAACAAGCCAAGUACAGCAAGCACCGCUUACCAUCGGUCUCUACCACUAGUAGAACAGUGAGCGUCGCCGUGCAUCGAAUUCCACCACUCUUAGGCUUACCAGAGCGAAGUGUCGCGUCGCCCGCUAUUGGCUUACCUAACCACGAGCAGUGA